GUCUCGCCGCUCCGGCGCACCUGCGGGGAGCGGCCACAGGAGUCCCGGCUCCAGGGAUCUCACCUGCUCAGGUCGCGGGGCCGCGCGAGGACGCUCUGGAGACCCGGAAAGCGGGCGGUGAUGGACUCGGUGGUCUUUGAGGACGUGGCUGUGAACUUCACCCCACAGGAGUGGGCUUUGCUGGACCCGGCUCAGAGGAAGCUCUACAGAGACGUGAUGCUGGAGACCUUCAGAAAUCUGGCCUCCGUGGUUAUGCUACCAAUUGUUACAGGUUCUUGCCCUCAAGUUAAAACCAGUGGAUCAAGUCCUCAAUGGGAUAUUUUGGAGAAUGAACUAUGCAGUGCAGAGAACAUAGUAAGAUUCACAAGAAAUGAUUCCUUGCUUGUUUUUGGAGAAAAGUGGAUGUUCCAUAACACUGGAAGUCACCAAGCCCAGGAGAGGGAUUUGAGAAAUCAUUUGGUCGAGAGUCUCUGUGAAGGUAAAGAAGGUCAUCAAUGUGGAGAAACCCUGAGCCAGAUUACAGAUCUUACUGUGCCUAAGGGCUAUCCAGCUGGAAUUCAGCCCCAUAAAUGCACUAAGCGUGGAAGAACCUUCAGGGAUCGUUCUUCCCAGAAGAAUCAGCAAAGAUCUCACCCUGGAUGCAAACCUUAUCCGUGUGAGGAACGUGGGCAGGCCUGCUGCUGUCUCUCGUGCCUAAGCCCUCCUGAGGGGACAGACAUUGUAGAGAAACCCAAUAAAUAUCAGGAUGCUGGGAGAGCAUCUAAGGGAUGUGUGAGGAGUCACAGUAGCAAGCAGUCUCUAGAGUGUGAGAAGUCUGGAAAAGCUCUCACUUGUCCGUUAUCCUUUAAGGGAUGUGAGAAAGGUCACCGUGGACAGAAAAUGCACAUGUGUGAAGCAUGUGGGAAAUCGUUUAUGUAUUAUUCUUACCUUGCACGGCAUGUGAGAACUCACACUGGAGAGAAACCCUACCAAUGUAGGGAGUGUGAGAAAGCCUUCCGAUAUCCUGUGUCCCUGGGAAGACACGUGACAAUCCACACUGGAGAGAAACCUUAUGGGUGUAAGAAAUGUGGGAAAGCCUUCAGUUGUCCCAAAUACUUCAGAAGACACAUGAAAACGCACAGUGGCCUGAAACCCUAUGAAUGUACAGAAUGCGGCAAAGCCUAUGGUUGCUCGUCAUCCCUUCGAGAACAUGCACGGACGCACAGCGAAGAGAAACCCUAUGAGUGUCAGCACUGUGGGAAAGCUUUCAGGCAUCAGCGAUAUUUUAAAAAGCACGUGAGAAUGCACAGCGGUGUGAAACCCUACGAAUGCAUGGAAUGCGGGAAAGCCUACAGUUGUUCUACAUCCCUCCGAGAACAUGAGAGAACACACACCGGGGAGAGACCCUUCGGAUGUCAGCACUGCGGGAAAGCCUUCACUCGCCAUGCCUCCCUUCGAGGACACAUGCGAACACACAGUGGGGAGAGAGCCUACAGGUGUACACAAUGUGGGAAAGCUUUCCGUUGGCCCUCGUCCUUACGGAAGCAUGUACGGAUGCAUAGCGAGGAAAAGCCGUACCUGUGUCAGCAAUGUGGGAAAGCCUUCUGGUACCCUGCAAACCUGCGAGGGCACAUGAGGACACACGCUGGGGAGAAACUCUGAGUACAAGGACUGUGGGAGGGAUCUCGUUCUCUCUUAAAACUCGUGAGCAGCACACUGUAGAGGAAACUCAUGAAAGGGAAAGUGUGGGAAAACCUUCACUUAUUUCAUAGAUGAAAACUCAGGGCAGGACAGAAAUCUUGUCAUAGAGAUAAAUAUGGUUUUGCCUUCAUAAGUGCCUUAACUGAAUAGGGAUCUCAGUGAAUUAAUUUCUAGUUGAUGUUCCUGAUCUGAACACUUAAGAUAAUAACUAUUCCUCUCUGUCCCCUUCGUCUGUACUACUUAUGUUUUGUUAUCUCUGACUUUAAAUAGUCAAACAGUCAUAUAAAGCUUGUCUCAUUUCCAUUA